ACUAAUAGUCAUUGCCACCCACACCGUAUUACUCAUAGAAUUUUAUAUAGUGCUGUAGAACAUCCUUCGAAAAGGAAGAAUUGUAUCUUAAAUCAAAUUUAGAAAGAAAUAUAGAUCAAUUACUAUUACGAAAUACACAAUACGCAUUACUCAUUAUUCAUUACUAAUAGUCGGACCAUGCUUAAUUUUACGGGACAAACCAAAAAGAGAGUAGUACGACUUGGUGAUGCCGGCCGUUCUGGUCCAUUGGGUCCGAGAGGUUCAGCGGACUAUCUUCAUCAGGCCAAACUUCAAAGAAUUCAACGUGAAGAACAACGACAACGAGAGAAAUCCGCCACAUUAAUUCAAAAGAAGAUAAGGUCAUAUCUCCAUAGGAAACAGUUGGGUCAACAAAUUGAGAGACAAUGGCUUAAAGAUUAUAAUCAUUGGCCCGAUAAUUUAUCAUGGAACCAAUGGUUUUCUCAAAUCCCUUAUUUGACAAGAUGGGUAAUUCCCAAAGAAACUGAAGAGUCAGUACGGAAUUUCCUAGAUAUUAUAGAUGAUUUAUUGGAAAAGUCUCCAUACGAAUUGACACCAAAGCAACAGACAAUAUUUCUAGAUUCUUUAAUAGUAUUAUUAGCAAGAGGUUGGAUCUAUAGAGGUAUAGUUAUUCGGUAUAUCGAUAAUCUAUGGAUAAAAUUCGGUAGUAUUGAAUCAACAAAUACUGAAGAUUUAAUAAGAUUACUGGCAAAAUUUAUAAUAGAAACAGCUCGAGGUCUGAGACAAUGGAUAAAUGCUCGAGAUUUAUCAUUAAAAGUUGCCAUUUCUAAACCUUCAACUGAGAUAUUUAAGAUACUAUCACUCUCCAGUGCAUAUAAUGAUAUUACUAAUAAAUCAGAUUAUUUAUCAAUGUUUAAAACCAUUUGGAUGACUAGUCUGUUUGUUGGUUCUGAAGAUGGACUUUAUCUAUUAGAUAAUUAUUUAACAUUACAUGGAGAUACUCAAUUUGAUGAAAUAGAUUUUAAAGUUCUUGCGGAUAUUCUACAAAAUUCUAAAAUAACAAUUCGAAUGGUUCCUACUAAUAUUGAUUAUGAUCUGUCCAAUAAUGUUAUUAGUUCUUUAUAUUCAACAUCAUUUAUUAAAUCAGCCAUUACAUUUUUAACUGAUGAUAAUCAAUCAGUAAGAAAUUCAAGUUUACAUAUAAUAUCUCAAUUAGUAUCUUUACAUCCACCUUCAAAGAGUAAAUUAUGUAUGCUUUUAACCAUUACUGCCAAUGCUUUUCGAAACUUAUUUGGAGCCAUUAAAUCUCAUCAUAUUUAUCAAGGUUUCCUACAAUUUAGUCAAAGGAAUCAAGAUUAUGUUAGAUAUGAUCAAAUAAAUCAAGUAUAUGAGACAAUAAAUGAAUCUGAAAUUAAGACUUUUUGGGAUUUAAUAAGUACAUUUGAAGAAGUAUAUUCUUAUUGGCUUGUUGUAUCAAAUGAUAUUGAAAGUUUUCUGGAUGAUAGACUUGAUCUUACAGAGGUUAGUGAAUUUCUAUUAUUUUUAAAAUGUUUAUGUUUAACAUUAAUAUUUCUUGGUAGUAAAGGUUCAGAAUUAAUUAAUGAUAUUGAUAAAAUUAAAUCUAUAUCAAUAACUUUAUUAAAUCAAUUAUAUUCUAAGAAUUUAAGAUUGAAAUUCUUAAAUAAAGAAUUCUGGAAACCAGUUGAACUUAAAUUUGAUAUAAAUGCUUUACUUCCUAAUGUAGCUGAUGAAGAAGAAAAAAGAGUUAAAAUUCAAGAACUGUUUGAUGAUAAUGAUAAUCUUCAAGAUGAUAAUGAUGAUAUUCUUAUUGAUGAUACUGAUUUUAAUAGAAGUAGAAAACUUCCUAUUUUAACUGAAAAGGGUAAUGAUACUAGUUAUAAAUUAGAAGUAUUAAAGAAAUUACCAUUUUUUAUUGAUUUUCAAGAUCGAGUUAAAGUAUUUCAAUUUUUAAUUGAAUUAGAUAAACAAAGAUCAGUAGUUUAUAAUCCAUUUGCUCUUGAUGAUAGAUCUAAAUUAUCAGCUAAUAUUCGUCGAGAAGAAUUAGUUCAUGAUGCUUAUGACCUGUUUCAUAUGGCAGGAGCUAAUUUAAAAAAUCAAUUAAGUGUAGUAUUUUUUAAUCAAUAUGGUCAAGAAGCAGGAAUUGAUGGAGGAGGUAUAACAAAAGAAUUUUUAACUAGUGUAGUUAAAGAAGCAUUUAAUCCACAAUUUGAACUUGAAUUAUUUAAAGAAACUCCAUCAGAUAAUGAAAUUUAUCCAAAUGAUGAUAUCUUUAAAAAAGUUAAUAAACAAAUUGAUGUAACAUUUCAACAAGAAAGAUUACAAUAUCUUCGAUUUUUAGGUACAAUUAUGGGGAAAUGUUUAUAUGAAAAUAUUCUUAUGGAAAUAUCAUUUGCUCCAUUCUUUUUAAAUAAAUGGUGUAAUGAAAAUAUGAAGAAUUCUAUUGAUGAUUUAAAAUAUCUUGAUCAUGAAUUAUUUGAUAAUUUAAUGAAACUUGUUAAAAUGUCUGAAACAGAAUUAAAUGAAUUAGAUCUUAAUUUUACCAUUAAUGAACCAAUAAAUAAUCAAUAUUAUUCAUUUGAUCUUUUACCUCCAAAUGGAGAAAUUACUCCGGUUACAUCAAGUAAUAAAUUAAAUUAUAUUCAUCAAAUAUCUAAUUUUAAAUUAAAUUUUUCUUUACAUAUUCAAACUAGAUACUUUUUAGAUGGAUUAUUUCAAAUUAUUUCUUCAAGUUGGUUAAGUAUGUUUGAUUCAUAUGAAUUACAAAUGUUAAUUUCUGGAGCUCAAAAUGAUAUUAAUAUAGAAAAUUGGAAAGAAAAUGUCGAAUAUGGAGCUUAUUUUGAUGAUGAUUUAACUAUUAAAUACUUUUGGGAAGUUGUAAGUGAGAUGACUCCUCAAGAAAGAUUUAAAUUAGUUAAAUUUGUAACUUCAGUAAGUCGAGCUCCAUUAUUAGGAUUUCAAGCUUUAAGUCCAAAGUUUGGUAUUAGAAAUUCUGGAGCUAAUAAAGAUAGAUUUCCAACAGCUUCUACAUGUAUUAAUUUAUUAAAAUUACCAGAUUAUCAAGAUAAAGAAUUAAUAAGAAAGAAAUUAUUAUAUGCUAUUAAUACCGAAGCCGGAUUUGAUUUAUCAUAAUU